AUGACGCCACUACUGAUCGGGAAAAGAGGUGCUCGAGCCUCCCCUGCGACACGUGAACGGAGGGCUGCUCGCUGGAUGAAUCCUUGCCCGGACAGAGGAAUCCCGCACAGAUGGUCCCGGCGACGAACUGAGGGGAUGACGGGCGAUCGAAGGGCUGGAGUUAAUCGCACGAUGAGGCUGGUGGGGUUUAUAGAUAACGAAGGAGGCACGGGCCCCACGCAUACAAACUGGCUCAUUUUCUUCGACGAGAAGAAUCGAUUUGAGCUCUCGAGGAUUUGCUCCAUGUUGUCGGCUGAGGUGCUCAGGAAGGAUAAUUUGGGCACGGUUUACAAGGCCGUGCUCGAAGGCAAUGGGGGAACUGUGGCGGUGAAGAGGUUGAAGGACAUUAGCUCGAUGCAUGGGAAAUCAUUGUUAAGAGAUGGGAUUGUCAACUCCAUAAGCCCUUACACGCCGCCGCUCAUUAUUUGA